GUUUAUAACUGGAAACCAUUGGCGCGAACCAGCAAACGGCCAACGAGUUUAUGUUUAUAUGCGUCCACAUAACAUUCUAAUGAGUUUGAGGGAUUAUCAUGCUGCUGUGUAGUGUGUACCAUCAUAGUGUUUUAUAAAUGCGCUAUGGACGUUGUGACAUUCAUACGGAUAGCCGUUAAUUCACUUUGCAACAAAGAUUUAUUAUUAGCUUUGCCCACCCGGACCCCGGACUCGAAGCUGUUUGUUUUGACUUCAUAACAGAUGGAAUCGGGUGGAAGCAACCAAUGCUGCUUCCAUUACCUGCUACCAGCAAACAUUUUUUUCAAUUUUUCGUAUUAAGCGUUUUGAUUGCCUAUUUUGAGUCGAGUGCCGACCAGUGAUCAUCUCCUCAUUUGAGAAUACUUUCGGAUAGUUUGUGUACUUGUCGUAUUUAAUUUGAAUUUUCGCCAGUUUCGAAAAAAUUAAAACCGGCUUCAGUCAAAAGUAAACUUAUAUAAAUCUGUAAUACGUGCUUCUCAUUUCUGUGUUCAAAAAGUGAUAUGUGAUUUUCUAAGAAUCUUCAUCUUGAUUUGUACAUUAUAUAUCUACAUUGAUUCAAGCGUGUUAAUUUAUUUGUGCAAAAAUGCUUUGUUAUAUGAUAUGGAAAGAGAUUGAACGUGCUUCGACGGCAGACUUAUGGAGUUUGGCUAGUCUUUUGAUAAUUGGUGGUCUCAUGUACGCGCUUUCAGGUUAUUUCAAGUCAGUGAUAUUAGCACUGAAGCUUCCAGGACCACCUACAGUUCCCUUUUUUGGCAAUUGCUUACUCGUUAAAGAGAGAGAUCUGCUAACCAAUCGUGCUUCAACUGCUUUCAAUCUGUACGGACCCUUGGUUCGUCUGUGGGUGCUACUGUUUCCUUUCUUCAUGGUCCUUGAACCUCACGAUCUGCAAACUAUUUUAUCGUCGAAAAAACAUACCAACAAAGUAUUCUUUUAUCGAUUGAUGCACAACUUCUUAGGGAACGGACUAAUAACGAAUAAUGGCAACAAAUGGAGUAUGCACCGAAAAUUGAUACAACCAACAUUUCAUCUAAGCAUUCUGGAAAAGUUCGUUAGUACCUUCGUCGAUGCUACAGAAGCUUCUUUCAGUCUGUUGGAUCCCAGCCAAACGGAGAUUAAUAUCGUCAAGUUCGUCAAUACCUGUGUUAUUAAUAUUCUCAACGAGGCUGUGUUGGGCGUUCCAGCAAAGAAAAGUGGUACUUUAGAAGUUGAGGAAUCUCCCUUCAGACAAGGAAAGGUGGUUGUUCCUUAUCGAGUAACACAUCCGUGGCUUUUAAUUGAUGCUGUAUAUAGAAUGACGCAAACUGCUAAUGACGAGCUCAAGCAAAAGAAAAAGCUGGAUGAAUUCACAUAUAGGAUGAUCCAACGUCGGCGCGCCCUCCGGAAAUCGGAUCCAAACUUUCAGCAGAAAUGCCUGUUAGAUUAUAUGAUCGAAAUAUCAGAAUCGUGUCCCGAUUUCACAGAAGAUGAUAUUGUAAGUGAAGCUUGCACUUUUAUGUUGGCUGGACAAGAUUCAGUGGGAGCAGCUGUAGCUUUUUGUUUGUUCACUCUUGCGCAACAUCCGGAAAUUCAACAAAAGUGUUACGAUGAGUUGGAGGCAAUUUUUGGGGAUGAUAAUAGACCACCUAAUAUGAAUGAUCUACGGGAAAUGAAAUAUUUGGAAAUGUGCAUAAAAGAAACCCUGCGCCUGUACCCAAGUGUUCCGCUAUUCGCCAGAAAAACCAGCGAAGAUAUACAAGUUGGAAAGCAUACGUUGCCAGCAGGAUCUAAUGUGUUCAUUAUUCCAUAUGCUACACACAGAUUACCGCACAUUUAUCCUGAUCCCGAAAAAUUUGAUCCGGAACGGUUUACUUCAGAAAAUUGUGAAAAACGACAUCCGUACGCAUACCUGCCUUUCAGUGCAGGUGCUCGUAAUUGCAUUGGUCAUCGAUUUGCAAUACUGGAAAUGAAAACUGUUAUAUCAAAAAUCUUACGUAGUUACGAACUUCUACCAGUACCAGGGAAGACUACAUUUGAACCAACAUUCAGGAUAACUCUGCGAGGUUCCGGGGGACUAUGGAUACGGCUGGGUACUAGGACUGCAACUUGAAAUAGUUGCAAAUAACUUGCUUCCCGUUUAUUUUCAAGUGAGCACUAUUUUGUUUUGUAUAGAAAAAUGUAAAAUAUAAUUUUAGCGGGUCUGUAAGUGUAAAAACGGAAUGAGCGUGUCUUCGUGGCGUUUCUUUGCGGCAGCUACAUAUAUUUAUUUAUAUUCUAAGUUAUAUCCAAGUAAGUUAAGCAUUUUUAUACUCUAGGUACAUAUACCAGUAUCUGUUUCCUAAUGAAAAGAAAAACAUCUCUUGGAAUAAAUGCAGUUCGAUUCAUUCUUGUGAGUAUUCAUUCA